CGCCCUUCACUUCGACUUACCCCUCUCGCCCUCUCCCUCGCUCUCCCCAAACCCGCAAACCCCUCGCGGCCGCCGCAGGAAGCCGCGGCGAUGGGCGACUACGGCAGCGCGAUGACGCGGGGCAACCCGGACGGCGGCUCGCAGGGCCGCCCAAAGGGAGUGCCCCGCGCCAACGUCCAGCAGCUCAAGCUCAUGGGGCAGGGCCACCCGACGGGCCUCACGCCGAACCUGCUCAAGCUGUUCGAGGCGCGGCCUAUGCUCGAGCACAAGCCGCCCGUCCAGAAGCGCAAGUUGCCGGCCUACACGGGGAUGGCGCAGUUUGUGUCGCGGUUUGCUGAGCCUGGCGAUCCAGAGUAUGCGCCGCCUGUCCCAACGUGUGAGACUAAGGCCGAAAAGAAGGAUAGAAUCAGGAAACUUAAGCUUGAGCAGGGGGCAGAUAAGGUCGCCAAAGAGCUUCAGAACUAUGACCCACAAAGUGACCCCAAUACCACUUCAGAUCCAUACAAAACACUCUUCGUUGCAAGACUUAAUUAUGAGACAUCCGAGAGCAGGGUUAAGCGGGAGUUUGAAGCCUAUGGGCCUAUUAAAAGGGUACGGCUUGUAACUGACAAGGAUACAAAUAAACCUAGAGGAUAUGCAUUCAUAGAGUAUAUGCAUACUCGGGAUAUGAAAAAUGCUUACAAGCAAGCUGAUGGGAGAAAAGUGGACAAUAAGAGGGUACUAGUUGAUGUGGAACGUGGUAGAACUGUCCCUAAUUGGCGUCCCAGGAGAUUAGGCGGUGGGCUUGGAUCAAGCAGAAUUUGUGGUGCAAGUGCUGACCAGAAGCCGCCUGCCAGGGAGCCAUCGAGUGUUGGGCGCCCCAGAUCAGAAGAACCUAAGAGGGGUGAUUCCCGUGUAGAUAGAGAUCGGGAGAAGUCUCGUGAAAGGAUACGGGAAAGAGACCGCGAUGAAAAUCCCCGUGAGCGUUCUCAUGACAGAAUACGUGAGCGUGAUUCAAGGGAAGAGAGGCACCACCAUAGAGAUCGGGACAGGACUCGGGACAGGGACCGAGGAAGGGACCGGGAAAAAGACCAUGGGCGUGACCGUGAUCGUCGGGACAGAGAUAGGGAUAGGGACCGUGGUAGGGAUCAUGAUAGGGAGAAGGAUCGUGGCCUCUCUCAUGAUCGUCACCGUGAGAGAGGCAGGGAUCGCGAGAGAGAUCAUGAGCGUGCAAGUUACGAGCGUGACCGCGCUCACUUGAAGGAUAGGGAUGCUGAAUACAAUGGUGAGCCAAAGCAUGACAGGAGUAUGGCUGAUUAUGGGAAGCAUUAUGGCUCUAACCAGUAUGAGCAACACAAAAGUUAUGAGUCGUAUCACUAUCAAGUUCAAGGCGGGCAUGGGCAUGAAACUGAAAGUUCAAAGCGACAUGAGCAUGAAUACUAUCAGGCACAACCCAACACAGAACCUGAAGGCCCUGAAGAAGGCGAGGCAUAUGAGGAAGGUGACUACCAGUAUCACCAAGUAGCAGAAGAGCAAAAGACUGAAGCUUGAUCACUGCAAUGCUUGAGUUUACGUGGGUGUGCUUUUCCGAAGGGAGGCACAAAACAUGUCAACUUGCUGGCUCGGAUAUGUGAUGUUUUGUUUUAUUCUAGUUGUCAUCAGUGCAAACGUGGUCGCGAUCGCUUGCUACUCUUUAGUUUUUGCUUUGUACGA